CAGAAAAGCAACUCGACCCAAAAACUAGACUAAUGAAAUCAGCGUUUCGAAACGGUUACUUCUUCACACUCUCUCGCUCCUUAAACCCUAACCCUAACCUUCCCUCCACUCUCUUCUCUCUCCAUCUCAUCCCUCCUCACACAUCUCCGUCCACCUCACCGCCCCCAUUCCACUCCGUCUCUCCGAUCGCCAGAAUUUCCGGCCUCUCCUUCACCUCCAUGGCGGGCGGUGAACCCCACGCGCUUCCACUUCUGGAGAAGCAGUUCGAUGACUUCCGCUCUCAGCUCGAAGAGUCGGGAACACUGCGCGACCGCAUUCGAGCCGUGGUGGCGGAGAUCGAGUCCACCUCUAGGUUUAUUCACUCGAGCCUCCUCUUGGUUCACCAGUCGCGUUCAACACCCGAGGUUUUGGAGAAGCCAAAGGCUCAAAUUGUUGUGCUGAAGGAGCUCUACAAUCGGCUCGCUGAAAUUGUGCGCGGAAGCCCUGGGGGAUAUUACAGAUAUCAUGGUGAUUGGAAGUCUGAGACGCAGACUGUGGUUUCGCUGCUUGCUUUUAUGCAUUGGUUAGAGACAGGGACGCUUUUGUUGCACACUGAAGCUGAGGAAAAACUUGGGUUGAGCGGCUCAGAAUUUGGUCUGGAUGUUGAAGACUAUCUUGUUGGUAUUUGCUUCAUGUCUAAUGAACUGCCUAGGUAUGUGGUUAACCAAGUGACAGCUGGGGAUUAUGAUUGCCCAAGAAAGGUGAUGAAGUUUUUGACAGACCUCCAUGCAGCCUUCCGACUGCUCAAUCUUCGAAAUGACUUUUUGCGCAAGAAAUUUGAUGGUAUGAAGUAUGACCUAAGAAGAGUUGAAGAGGUUUACUAUGAUGUAAAGAUCCGAGGCUUGGCAGUCAAUGUGGAUUCCGUGGAAAAGCCAGCAGCAUAAGGACAAUCAUAGAGUGCAAAAGUAGUACACUUCCUCUUUGUUCAUCUUGAUUAUCACAUAUUCUAGUAUCCUGCUCUUCUAGAGAAGCAGAUGAGCUCUCUAGGGUUUUGUGUCAGAAACUCAGGAUUGUAUCGGAUAGCUUGUUGUUCUGCUUGUAGUUACCGCAGAAUGGAAGAUGGUGAAAACAGAGAAUGAUUACUAGACCAAAAAGGUUAUCUUUAGGCUUUUAUAUGUAAUCCCGAAACAUCGCUGAGGAAGAAUGAAGGUCUAGAUAUGAGAACCGUUGAUAUUAUUCUGCUUCCACUUCA